UGACGGGAGGGUCACAUGGCCCGCAGGGGACCCAUGCACACACACCAGGGCCGCAGCCACCUGCCUGCGGGUGCUGGUGGGCCCCUCCUGCCGUCCCCGGGGCCCACAGCGGCUGCUCGGCCAGACCUAGGUCUGCGGGUGUUUUCCGAGGAGGCUCGACCGGUCUUCGAGGACACCGCACGGGUGGCAGCCUGGCCGGCGCUCCAGGCAGCUGCCUGCCACGCCAGGGGCCUGGGACUAGGGCGGAGCCCAUGCGCCCCUCCCCUCCCCGCUGAGACCCGCCCGCCUCACUGCUGCCCACCCGGUAAGGCCCGCGGAGGACAGCCCCGGAGACCGUCUGCCCGCCGCGACCCGCGAAGAUGAAGAGACCUCUGCUGCUCCUCCUCCUGCUCCUGGGGACCGCUGGGGGCCGGGCGGCCCCCAAGCCCAACUUCGUGCUCAUCCUGGCAGACGAUCUGGGCAUCGGGGACCCUGGCUGCUACGGAAACAAGACCCUCAGGACCCCCAACAUCGACCGGCUGGCCCGGGAGGGCGUGAAGCUGACGCAGCACCUGGCGGCGUCGCCCCUGUGCACGCCGAGCCGGGCGGCCUUCAUGACGGGCCGCUACCCCAUCCGCUCAGGCAUGGCGUCCCAGGCCCGAAUCGGAGUGUUCCUCUUCUUGGGCUCUUCCGGGGGACUUCCCCAGAGCGAGGUGACCUUCGCCAGGCUUCUGAAGGGCCAAGGCUACGCGACCGCGCUGAUAGGGAAGUGGCACCUGGGCACCCACUGCCACAACAACAGCGACUUCUGCCACCACCCGUCCAGCCACGGCUUCGACCACUUCCACGGCAUCCCCGUGACCAACCUGCGGGACUGCAAGCCCGGCGGGGGCACCGUGUUUAAGGCGGCCCUGCGGCUGCUGGCCUUCGCGCCGCUGCAGGUGAUCGCCAUCGCCCUGCUCACCCUGGCGGCGCUGCGCUGGCUGGGGCUGCUGCGUGUGCCGGGCCUGGUCUUCGCGGGCCUGCUGCUCCUGGCCGCCGGCAUCCUGGGCGCCCUGCUGGGCUUCCUGCACUACUUCCGGCCCCUCAACUGCGUGCUGCUGCGGGACCGCCGCAUCGUCCAGCAGCCGCUGUCCUACGACAACCUGACGCAGAGGCUCACGGACGACGCCACCCAGUUCAUCCGCCGGAACGCCGAGACGCCCUUCCUGCUGGUGUUCUCCUGCCUGCAGGUGCACACGGCCCUCUUCGCGUCGGCCGACUUCGCCGGGAAGAGCCAGCACGGCCUGUACGGGGAUGCGGCCGAGGAGAUGGACUGGAGCGUGGGGCAGAUCUUGAACGUUCUGGAGGAGCUGCGGCUGGCGAACAACACCCUGGUGUACUUCUCGUCGGACCAGGGCGCCCACGUGGAGGAAGUGACCGCCAGAGGGGACGUGCACGGGGGCAGUAACGGGAUCUACAAAGGAGGAAAAGGCAACAACUGGGAAGGCGGUAUCCGCGUGCCGGGCCUGCUGCGCUGGCCGGGCGUGCUGGAGGCUGGGGUGGAGGUGGACGCGCCCACCAGCAACAUGGACAUCUUCCCCACGGUGGCCACGCUCGCGGGGGCCGAGCUGCCUCGGGACAGGGUCAUCGACGGCCGGGACCUGAUGCCGCUGCUUCAGAGCCGCAGCCGGCACUCGGAGCACGAGUUCCUCUUCCACUACUGCAACUUCUACCUGAACGCCGUGCGCUGGCACCCGCGCAACAGCUCGUCCAUCUGGAAGGCCUUUUUCUUCACGCCCAACUUCACGCCCGAGGGCGCCAACGGCUGCUUCCUCACGCACGUGUGCUUCUGCAACGGGCGCUUCGUCACCCGCCACGAGCCGCCGCUGCUCUUCGACCUGUCCCGGGACCCCCGGGAGACGAGCCCCGUGACCCCGAGCGGCGAGCCCCGCUUCUGGGAAAUCGUGGACGCCAUGCAGCGGGCGGCGGAGCGCCACGCGCGCACCGUGCAGGCGGCGCCCAACCAGCUGUCCCCGCAGAACCUGCUGUGGAAGCCGUGGCUGCAGAUGUGCUGCGCCUCGUCCUCCGGCCUGUCGUGCCGCUGUCGCCCCGAGGACCGGGACGGGGGAGGGAGCGCGUAGCCGCGUAGCCGCUGCGUGCACGCGCGCCUGCGGGCAGGAGGUGCGCACGCACGCACGGUGCCCGCCCCGCCCUUCUUUUCAGGACCCAAGCAGAGGGGGACUGUCACGGUGCAAACCCAGCAUCUCGGACUGCUCUCCCCUCGCUACCUGGUCGCCCAAGGGCCCCGGCGAGAGCCCCACGAGGUCCCUCCCCGUGGGGAAGAAGUCAAGGUUAACAGCGCGCACCGGGACAGAUGGUCGAUGUACGCCUUCCGCGGUCAAGUGCGCGCACUGGUGUCAGUGCCUGAGGGGGAGUGUACCCCAGGGCGGUGCAGACGGAUGCUGGGACCUUGUGAAAGGUAACCUCCCCGCCCCACCCCACCCUGCCACUCGGGGGUGUGCGCAACAGGUCUUCCACCGUCUGCGGGGAUGUCACCGACGGCGUGACUCCGCCGGGCCUCCAGCGACGCGGAGAGCCCCGUGUUCAAAGCCAUCCGCCCACCUCGGCCUGGGCCCCGGGAGAGUGACCGAACAACCAUCCCCUUUGCGAGCAACCGAUGGCCACGAGUCCCCAUCGGGGGACCAACCGGAAGGCGAUCGCUGUCAGUAUUACUGAGCUCACACAAGCCAUUAUUCACCAUACCCGUAUCGACCCAAGGCCAGUGUCCUGCUUCCCGCGAGAAGGCGGAGCUAUUUAAAAUACAGCCACCAGCCGCUUACCCCCGUUUCCCGGAAAUCAGGAGGAUAGAUGGAUAUCCAGGAUAUUCAGGAUGGAUAGAUGCUGCCUUUCCCCGUGGGCUGCUCAUUCCAGACACUGCCCAGAGAUCCCGCACACUGUGUGAGACGUGUCCUUAUGGAAGAGCGCAUUGGGCAUGCUCAGCAGGCGGUAGGGUUCGGGCGGAUACGGUGGUACAGGAAUUACGGAAAGCUGCUGGUAUGAGCUUCCUGUGGGAGACGGUUAUGUUCAUCCCAAGUUUUUAAGGCGUCCGAUGCAAGGGGGCUUCCAGACACUCCGUGAGCGGCAGGGUUUCAUGACUGGAAACAUGUGCAUAGAUGACGCACACGUAUGUUUGUGGACACAGCUCCCUGUUUAACCGGUACCCCGUUCAGACACAUGAAGGAUACGUAGAGUGCUAUGGGAACAUUAAAUUAUUUUGCUCAAGAGAGACUGAUCCUUUUUUCAUUUAUUUUCUUAAAAAGUUUUCUUGGCCCUGGCUGGCGUAGCUCAGGGGAUGGAGCACGGGCUGCGAACCAAAGCGUCGCA